UCGGCCAGAGCCCGGGGAGGAACUUCUCUCUCGAGCUGUCGCUGUGGGCCUUCAUUGUCUGCAGCAACUCUCCGGAAUCGAGAGGGGGAGGACUGGAUCGCGCUUCCACUGGGAUUCGUCAAGAGUUCCGGCGGCAGCUGCGCCGGUGGCGGAGACUCUCUUUGUCCUUCUAGGACCUCCCUCCCUCCUUCUCUCCCUCCCUCUUGCGGAUUCGUGGAUUUAGUUGUCCGAGGCGCCAGCGCCCCGGGUGCUAGCAGCCGCCCACCCCAGGGGGCGUUCAGGGUCACUCCGCUACUUUCUCUUCACCACUGAGCCGAGCCAAGGGGGCUGCAAACGAGAGGGAGGCUCAGGCCCCUGGCCGCAGGAUGGUGGCGGGGCGGUCCCGGGCUCGCAGCCCCGGGAGCUGGCUGUUCUCCGGACUGUGGCUGCUGGCGCUCAGUGGUUCUGGGGGGCUGCUGCGCGCCCAGGAGCAACCCUCCUGUAGAGGAGCCUUUGAUCUCUACUUCGUCCUAGACAAGUCUGGGAGUGUGGCAAAUAACUGGAUUGAAAUUUAUGAUUUUGUUCAGCAACUUACUGAGAGAUUUGUAAGCCCUCAAAUGAGAUUAUCUUUCAUUGUAUUUUCUUCUCAAGCAACCAUUAUUUUGCCAUUAACUGGAGACAGAGGCAAAAUUGUCCAAGGCUUGAAGGAUUUAAAACACGUUAGUCCAGUUGGAGAGACAUAUAUCCAUGAAGGACUAAAGCUAGCAAAUGAACAAAUUCAGAAAGCAGGAGGCUUAAAAACCUCUAGUAUCAUAAUUGCUCUGACAGAUGGUAAGUUGGACGGUCUGGUGCCAUCAUAUGCAGAGAAAGAGGCAAAGAUAUCCAGGUCACUUGGGGCUAGAGUUUACUGUGUUGGUGUCCUUGAUUUUGAACAAGCUCAGCUCGAAAAAAUUGCUGAUUCCAAGGAACAGGUUUUCCCUGUCAAAGGUGGUUUUCAAGCUCUCAAAGGAAUAAUUAAUUCUAUAUUAGCUCAGUCAUGUACCGAAAUCCUGGAAUUGCGACCAUCAAGUGUCUGUGUGGGGGAGGAAUUUCAAAUUGUUUUGAAUGGAAGAGGAUUCAUGUUGGGGAGUCGAAACGGCAGUGUGCUCUGCACGUACACUGUAAAUGAAACAUACACAAAGAGUGUAACACCAGUAAGUGUGCAACUUAAUUCUAUGCUUUGUCCUGCGCCUACUUUGAAUAAAGCUGGAGAAACUCUUGAUGUUUCAGUGAGUUUUAAUGGAGGACGAUCUGUUAUUUCAAGCUCACUAAUAGUCACUGCCACAGAAUGUUCAAAUGGGAUUGCAGCCAUCAUUGCUAUUUUGGUGUUACUUCUAAUCUUGGGCAUUGGUUUGAUGUGGUGGUUUUGGCCUCUUUGCUGCAAAGUGGUUAUCAAGGAUCCUCCUCCACCACCACCCCCUGCACCCAAGCAGGAAGAAGAAGAACCACUGCCUCCCAAGAAAUGGCCAACAGUCGAUGCUUCCUACUAUGGUGGCCGAGGAGUUGGAGGAAUUAAAAGAAUGGAGGUUCGUUGGGGUGAUAAAGGAUCUACUGAGGAAGGUGCAAGGCUAGAAAAAGCCAAAAAUGCUGUUGUGACGAUUCCUGAAGAAGAAGAGGGCCCUGUCAGGCCUAGACCACCGAGGCCCAAACCCGUACACCAGCCUCCUCAGACAAAGUGGUAUACUCCAAUUAAGGGUCGUCUUGAUGCACUCUGGGCUUUAUUGCGGCGGCAGUAUGACCGUGUCUCCUUGAUGAGACCUCAGGAAGGAGAUGAGGGCCGAUGCAUAAACUUCUCCAGAGUUCCAUCUCAAUAAAAGGAAAGCAGUAAAACCAAAGAGGUAUGAAGAUGACACCUCUCCACACUGCUGAUUUCCAGCCAAAUGAAAAAAAAAUGAAGACAUUUCAGAAGUUUUUGGAAGAGCACCUUAAUUCCUCUCAGGCAUAAAAUAUUUUCUCUGCCUUCUGCUUUGCUUGCAGCAGUUUCCAGCACUUGUUGUGCCAUGGUAGUCCAUGAAAUCCAAUGGUAACACAUGAUCCAUGACCUUGAAAAUAAAGAGGAAUGUUAAUGUGCAUGCUAUGUUUAUACAAGAAAGUUAAUUUCAGCUUGUAGGAGAGGAAAAAGUAAAACAACGAUCAUGACAUGACAUGCUACAGCACAAAGAGGAUAUCAAACAAGGACCACAAAACAGCUAGCCAUGAGGGGUCUUUAAUAGAAUUUUCUUAUGUGGAAACAUGGCGCUUGUUUUUACAUGACAAGAUUAUUAGCUACAGGCAGAGUAUAAAAUUUCCCACCAGGCUAAGCAAAUAAAGGAGUCCAUUGCCUUAUAGCUAUGUCAGAUCACAAAUUCCUUUCAAGUCCCCUAUCACAGUGUGCCUUACGGGAAGCUUCUGACUGUUCUGACUGGAAAAUCUUGUCAUUCUAACACUGAAAAGUGCACACGCAUGACAAAAUGUAGACAGGAUGCCUCAAGGUAUUGGUAGC